AUUAAAAAAUUAAAUUAAAUAAACGAAAAAUAGGAGGCCCAGGCCGCUGCUGCCUACGACGGUUUCCGUGCUCUGCCUUCGCCUACGAAUCCCCAAGCUCGCGAUGGGAUCCAUAGAUGUCCAAUCAACCAGCGCUGAAAAUGGAUCCGCCCCCGCCUCCUCUGCUGAUGGUCGUCAAAAGUCCCUUCUCACCGACGGUAUGAACCACAUAUCUAACGACCCAGACGGAACGCCCCCUGAUAAGCCUAAGGAGUUGGGCCCGACCAAGAAACGAAUGUCCUCCAUGCUUCCUCUGGAUGUCGGGACCCGUGUCAUGUGCCGCUGGAGGGACGGGAAGUACCAUCCCGUUAAGGUCAUCGAACGUCGCAAGUUGCAAGCAACUGGUUUCAGUGAUUACGAAUACUAUGUCCAUUACACCGAGUUCAAUAGGAGACUUGAUGAGUGGGUGAAGCUUGACCAACUUGAUCUUGAUUCGGUCGAGACGGUUGUUGAUGAGAAAGUCGAGGACAAGGUAACAGGACUGAAGAUGACCCGGCACCAGAAGCGGAAGAUCGACGAAACCCAUGUUGAGGGCCAUGAGGAACUUGAUGCUGCCAGCUUGAGGGAGCAUGAAGAAUUCACGAAAGUGAAAAAUAUUGCAACAAUUGAACUUGGAAGAUAUGAGAUUGAGACAUGGUAUUUCUCCCCAUUUCCACCAGAGUACAAUGACACUACAAAGCUCUAUUUUUGUGAGUUUUGUCUCAACUUCAUGAAGCGCAAAGAACAACUCCAGAGACAUAUGAGGAAGUGUGAUCUGAAGCAUCCUCCUGGUGAUGAAAUAUAUCGAUGCGGUACUUUGUCAAUGUUUGAGGUUGACGGAAAAAAGAACAAGGUUUAUGGGCAGAAUCUGUGUUACUUAGCAAAGUUAUUUCUGGACCACAAGACUCUCUACUAUGAUGUUGACCUUUUUCUGUUUUAUGUCCUGUGUGAGUGUGAUGAUCGAGGGUGUCACAUGGUUGGAUAUUUUUCGAAGGAAAAGCAUUCAGAGGAAUCCUAUAAUUUGGCAUGCAUUCUCACCCUUCCUCCUUAUCAAAGGAAGGGCUACGGGAAGUUCUUAAUAGCAUUUUCUUAUGAACUCUCGAAGAAGGAAGGUAAAGUUGGCACUCCUGAAAGACCUCUUUCAGACCUUGGGUUGGUGAGCUACAGAGGAUACUGGACCAGAGUUCUUUUGGACAUCUUGAAAAAGCACAAAGCCAAUAUCUCUAUCAAGGAUGUACUACUAGCCCUUAGAUUUUGUACCUAAGACUUGGCACAUUGGACGUCCCUUUAUGUCAGGAGCUAAGUGACAUGACAGCUAUCAAGGCCGAAGAUAUUUUGAACACACUUCAAAGCCUGGAGUUGAUACAAUACAGGAAAGGGCAACAUGUUAUAUGUGCCGACCCUAAGGUGCUGGAUCGUCAUCUCAAAGCUGCUGGUCGUGGGGGCCUAGAGGUGGAUGUGAGCAAAUUGAUCUGGACUCCAUACAGAGAACAGGGUUGAUUAUUUAUCAUGUCUGACCAUAACCUAACUCUGCAUGUACAAUAUUAGUGUAGAAUUUAGUAUAAAGCAUAGGCAUUGCCAUUCCUAUCUGAUGAAUGUAAACCUAGAUACAUUGAAGCCUGGAUAAUCAAUGGUGUAUACAUUGAAUUGACAAAUGGUAGAAAUCUAGCUCUUUGUACAUCACUAGUUGCUUGCAAUAUCCUCGAGAAUUCAUCUUUAAUUUA